CACUACUGUCAUUUCUUCCACCCUCAAGGAAGCAGUGGUGAGAUACACGUGUGUUUCCACACAUGUGAGGAUUGUAUCAGAUCAUAUAUUUCUAAUUUAAUACGCUAAAGAUGUCCAAAAGCAAAGAAUCAGACGGAGGUGAUGCUGCGAAUCUAGAAGGAUCUGAUAAUGAAGUGGAUUCUCCGGUCGUGAGUCGCACAAGGAGCGGUCGCAGAAUACGGACACCCGCGGCCAAAACCUCCGUCCGCAGGACCAGAAAGUCAGUAGUGCCAGAAGAAGCGAUAGACAUCCACGAGGAACCUACAGAAGAUGCUAAAACUGACCAAAGUAGUUCAUUGACUGAAACAGCGUGUCCAGAUGUAAAUACAGCAGCAGCAGAAGUGAGUCAAGAGUCUGCAGUAUCGGAUAAUGCACUUUUAAUGGUGUCAGAUCAGACCAGCGAGAAAGAAAAUGUGGAGAAUAACAAAAAUAUAGGAUCCACUGGUCCCGUUAACCCAGAGAAAGCGAAAAAGGCCAAAAAGAGGACUCACUCCGAAUCCAGUGAGAAGAAAAGCAACGUGGUUCCUCUGGGAAAACCCAAAUCUGGAAGAGUAUGGAAGGACAGAAAGAAGCAAAGGUUCUCCGCUCUGUUGCGAGACAAACCUCUGUGCACUUCAUGGGAAAAAAAGAUGGAGGCCAAGAGAGAAAAGCAGCAGGUCAAGCUGUACCACCAACAGCUGAAAGAUGAGCAGGCCCGAGAGAAAGAGGAAAAGAAGAAGAGGAGAGCAGAGCAUCUGAAAAGACGAGCAGAAAAUGAGAAAAAGGCAGAGAUUGUGCAAGUGAUUAAAAAUACUGCGAAGAUCAAGAGGAUGAAGAAGAAACAGCUGAGGAAGAUUGAGAAAAGAGACACGCUCUCCAUGGUGCAGAAAACACCACCUAAAGUCAAGAAGAGCACAGAGAAAACCAACAGCAGCUCCUAGAGGAUCUCUGAAAAUCCCCUCAAACAUCGAUAUGCUGAAAUCUUUUGUGGAUCAAUUCAAUAUGGAGGUCUAAUCAUCUUUCAUCUGUGACUCAAAGUAGACCGGAUUAUAUGUCAGCCAUUGUGAUUAAACAACACACGGAGAAACUCAAGUCUGAUGUAAUCUCUGUACAGCAGGUUUAAAAGCAAAUAAAUGUGUGAUGGUGUAACCAA